CUCCAUUUCCUACCAGAAUAAAAUCUCCUCUCACAUAUCCAUAUAUAUAAAAAGAAAUGUUUGGUGCCAUAAAAGAAAUGUUUUGGUACCAACCAUGUCCCUUUAUAUAUAAAUAAUCACUACCGUCCACCUGUCCUACUUUUUCGAUUCCCAGCUAUUCUCAAGCAACUCUCAUUGAUUCAAUUAGGGUUUGCUCUUUUGACUCUCUCUCUUCUCUGCUCGUGUUUCAUCGAUUUUGGGGUCUCUCUCUCUCUCUCUGAUGAUGGGGGCUUGAUUUUAGGAUCUCAAUUUUCAACCUGUAAUCAUUGACCCCUGUAUUUGUCUCUUUCUCUCUGAAUUUUCAUUACCAAUUUGGAUCAAACAUUUAUAUAUAUGUUUAAGCAUAUGAUUGAUGGAGAGUUGAAUUGAGAAUGGCUAGGUCAAUUGGAGAAGUUAGCGCUGCUGGUAGUGGAGUGAUGGAUUUGAAGUCAAAUAGAAUGAGCUUUGUGGGAUGUCGAUUUUGGUUUCGAUCGGCCAUUGACUCGUAUUCGGUCGCUUGCGAGGCAUUUUCUGAACAGUUUUUCCUCUGAUUCCAAUUUGGAAAAUCGCUUCUUGUUCCUUCUGUUUGGUGUUUUUUUGAAUUCUUCUCUUCUUCUUUGUGAUUCUUUUGUUUGAUUCGCAAUGGAUUCGUUAGCUGUGAAUGAGAUUUAUAGGAAAUUAAAAUCAAAAUUAGAGCCUGAUGAAGCUGAUGUCGUGGAGAAAUCUCCAAAGGGUCGAUACAUUCGGUAUAAUGAAAUCUUGGGGAGAGGAGCAUUCAAGAUUGUAUAUAAGGGAUUUGACGAAAUUGAUGGAAUUGAGGUUGCUUGGAACCAAGUGACUGUUGAGCAUGCAUUGCAGUCACCGGAACAUCUGGAAAGAUUGUAUUCGGAGGUUCACUUGCUGAAGACACUUAAACAUGAAAAUAUCAUUAAGUCUUACAGUUCUUGGGUGGAUGAUAAGAACAAAAGUAUCAACAUGAUUACUGAACUAUUUACUUCAGGGAAUUUGAGGCAAUAUCGUAGGAAGCAUAAGAGUGUUGAUAUAAAGGCCAUCAAGAAUUGGGCUAGGCAAAUUCUCCAAGGUUUAUGUUAUCUUCACAGUCACAAUCCACCUAUUAUUCAUAGAGAUUUAAAAUGUGACAAUAUUUUUGUUAAUGGAAAUAAUGGUGAAGUCAAAAUUGGAGAUCUUGGCUUGGCAACUAUCAUGCAGAAGCCUACAGCCCAUAGUGUUAUUGGUACUCCUGAAUUUAUGGCUCCAGAGCUUUAUGAGGAGGAAUACAAUGAACUAGUUGACAUAUAUUCUUUUGGUAUGUGCAUGUUAGAGUUGGUAACAUGUGAAUAUCCAUAUACUGAAUGCAGAAAUACAGCACAGAUAUAUAAAAAGGUCUCAUCUGGUAUAAAGCCAGCUGCUCUUUGUCAAGUGAAAGAUCCCCAAGUCAAGCAGUUUAUAGAAAAGUGUCUUGUUCCGGUAUAUCUGAGAUUGUCUGCAGCAGAGCUGUUGGAAGACCCUUUCCUUUCAUUUGAAAACUCAAAGGAAACUCUGCAGUUGCAGAGUUAUGUGCCUAAAUCAAUAGAUUUGCAAAAGCCUGAUUCCCUUACCAUGGAAACAGAUUCUGAACACAAUAAGCUUUCGGUCAGUACUUGUACAAAAAGUGCCAUUGAAACUACUCAUGUUUCAGCUUUAGAAUUGAGGAGAUCCAAUGGCCACAAUGAAUUCAUAUUAGAGGGGGAGAUGAAUGAUGAUGACAACUCAUUUUCAUUCACAUUGCGCAUUGUUGACUUGUGUGCAGGUCAUGCGAGGAAUAUUCAUUUUAUGUUUUUCCUUGAUGCUGAUACUACACUUUCAAUAGCUGGUGAGAUGGUUGAACAACUUGAUUUGCCAUAUGAAGAUGUCACUUUAAUAGCUGAGUUAAUCGACAACUUGAUUGUGAAACUUGUACCCAAUUGGAAGCCUUCGUUUGGAAAUCCUAGCAAUUUACAAAGUUCAUCCAAGGGUUCUUCACAUGGGAAUGAUGAAAGCUUUAUGAGGUGCUCUUGGGCUUCAGGAUCUACUGGAGUUUCUGGUGAAGUAGUUCUCAAGCAGCAUGUUUCCACAUCAAAUACAAGUAAUGAGACAUUAAGAAAUGAAUGGAAUAAGUUUUCAAAUAGGCUUCAGUUUGAAAGAUGCGAAAUCAUGAAGAAUUCAGAGCUUUCUUUUUCAUGUAGUGCACUAUCAAAUGAUUUGGGUUCAUUGAGUAUCUCUACUCAAUCUGUAGCUGCAUAUGAAGAUCAGUGUGAUGAAUUGAAGCUGGAGCUUGAUGCAAUUGAAAUGCAAUAUCGCCAGUCGCUCCAUAAACUCAUCCGAAUGAGGGAGGAAGCAAUAGAAAAUGCCAAAAAGAAGUGGAUCACAAGGAAGAAGAUAUCUGUUGUUUGAUGUAAAUACAUUGUUUCAACAUAUUCUUGCUGGAGAGAGAGAGUUUUGUUCUUAAACAGAUGGGUUAUUCUUGCGAUGUCAGUUUGUUUCUGUAACUAGUGAUUUGGCAUCUAUAGAAUUUGAUUUGUUUUUGUUA